AUGCCGCUGCACGGUUUCAUCUAUACCCGAGUCAUCCUGUUUGUCAUCGGCAUAAUGGGACCAUCUGAUUUUCUGAAGGAUAAUAUCAAUGACCCCAUGGCCUACACUUUAGCGGUGUUCGGUGCUGCAACCAUCUCCGUCAGUCACAUGAGCAGUCCUUGGGCGGUUACCUGGUACCUAGGAACAUUCACCCUAAUCGGGAUCAAGAACCGUUGGAGCUCAGAACCUCUGCGCCAACUCAACUUCAAGCUAGCCGGAUGA